CAACCACAUCAAAUAACAUGAUGAUAACAUCACAUUUUACAUGACACGGCUCAUGUCUGGCCGUCUGUAUUGCUGGUUGUACAUACAAAUUGUCAACCCUUGCCCUUAUCCUUCCGUCUUGUUCCUUUUACCCGGCCAAAUAUCGUAAAAUCAGAAGACGUGCACACAUACAAAUACGUAGUGAGUGAGUGUCUUGUCUGCGUAUGUAGCCUCACAAUGAAGUUUGACGACCUAAUCAAAAAGUUGAAUCCGAUGGGUAAGCGUUCAUUUAAUAAAGUGACCACCUCCGAUUCAGAUCGCAUGGAACUCGACGAAGCGAGUGGCUCUGCAUUUUCUCCGUCAUCCAUUCACCUCAAACUUAUCGACUCUUCUGACUCCGAACAUGAAGACGCACAACACGGUGAAAAUAAUCAUUUGAGAGGAAGGUCAUCUGCAACUACUCACGACUUUGUUGUGCCAUGCAGUGAUUUUGACAGGAAAGUGUACAAUUCUCCAACUCAAGAUAUCCCCGAACAGGCAAUAGUACCACAUCCGUCAUCUUUAUCAAUUAUAAGCAUGCUGGGCUUUGGGGAGGAUAAUGAUGACCCCAACAAAGACCUCAACUUGGGUCGUCCUAAUCAUACCCCUGACCAUACACAUCAACAUGAAGAACAGCAUCACCAUCCGGAAGCUGAGCUGCUUGGGCCAAUCUCAUACCACGGAGGACGACGAGGUCCAAGAAGGAGGCUCAAUCUGGGAGGAAUAAGGCUUUGCUUAAUCCUGGCAAUGAUAAUCUUUGUGAUCACAAUCAUGCUAACCGUAACUGCGGUGUUUAUACUGGACAGUCAUGAACUUCAUAAUGGCACAGAAAAAGAGAACACAACAAAGAUUGACGAUAGUCCAAAACCAUUUUUGCAACAAAUUCUGUACAAUGACAAUGAGCCAAUACUCGAUGUAAAUGAUUUGGACAAACAGAAGCAAGACUCGCAUGUUAAUGAAUCAGCAAUAAUGAACUUAUUGCCAGAAGAAACAACUAUCAGUCCGAGACGCAUGAGUCACUUGGCUUUAACAAAAUUUAGUAUUUCUCCAGAGAUUAUCCGAGAGAGUUACCAGAAUGCUCUCAACACAUUUGAGAUGAGCAACGAACCACUAUCAAUAAACUUUAGCGAGCCCGUCCAACAUGCACUUGUAAUGGAAUUGGCGUAUCACAACAUAGUUAAACGGUUAAAUUUGUCAAAUGAACAAGCUGAAGAAGGAGAGAUUCUGCUCAUCAAUGCAACAUUGCCUUCAGAUCUAUGUCCAAAUUUUCUGACCACUAAACCGCUUCUCUGCAAUAAGACGGAACGGUAUCGAUCAUUGAAUGGGGGUUGUAAUAAUUUUCAUGAUCCAGACUGGGGAUCAGUUGGUCAGGCUUAUCGACGGCUCCUUUUUCCGAAAUAUGAUGAUGGAAUAUCCGCUGCUAAAACCAAAGGGGUCGGGAAGAGCAACCUGCCAAGUGCGAGAUUUGUAAGUCAUAUGAUUCACAUUGACGAAUAUAGAGCAGACACAGAAGUUUCAUCAAUGACACCGUUAUGGGCUCAAUUUGUUGCACACGACAUUAUGUACACAGCUAAAUUUCCACGAGAAACAGGGAAAGGGUGUUGCAAGGCAAAUGGAAAUAAUCCAGGAUGUUUUCCUAUUCCAGUUCCAGCUAAUGAUGCCUUUUAUAGCGACAAAAUGAACAUCACUUGCUUGGAUUUUCAUAGAGCUGCUCCAUAUGGAACGUCUUGUCGAUUUGGACCAAGAGAACAACUUAACAAACAAACAUCCUUCAUCGAUGCCUCGCAUAUCUACGGAGUUACACCUGAAAUAUCAGCCUCUCUUCGAGUUAAAGAUCCCCAAAAAUUAGGACAAAUGAUGCUUGAUGACUUGGAUGGCAUAUAUCUUCUCCCUUCGACAAAUGAAACUUCAAAAUGCAUAUCGGAUCGAGAUGACAUGUCGUCAUCUGAAUCUUGUUUUAGAAGCGGUGACGAUCGCGUAAAUGACUUAAUGUCAGUCACUGCCAUGAUAACAAUCUGGGUGAGACAUCAUAACCGUGUCGCAGAAACACUUUCAGGUUUAAACAAGCACUGGGAUGACGAGAAAGUUUUUCAAGAAACACGACGACUUGUGAUUGCGCAAAUUCAGCAUAUAACAUACAACGAAUUCCUACCUGUACUACUCAGAACAGAAUUACUUAAAUCUGGGCACCUGGCCCUCUCUUCCAGCUAUUCCAAUAGCAGCUACUUUAAAGGCUUUGAUGUCAACUUGAAUCCACAAAUUUCGAACGAAUUUACUGCUGCCUUUAAAUUCUACGUGUCCAUGAUGCAAGGACUGAUGAAGAAGAUGUCACCACAUCGAAAUGAUGAAGAUUUUCUGCAAUUUCAUAAAAUGGUGCGGAAUCCUUCAGUCCUUAAGAAAGAUGGAGAAUUGGACAGAUUAUUGAUGGGGGCUAGUUCUCACCCAGUCACAAAAGUGGAUGCAUUCAUUUCCGGACAAAUUACAAAUCACAUGUACCAGCACCCAAACAGCAAUUAUGGGACGGAUUUAGCUGCAUUAAUCAUUCAGGAAGGACGGGAUCAAGGAAUACCUCCUUAUAUCGAAGUUGCAAAAAAGUGCGGCUUAUUAAUAGACGUACAGAAAUUUUCUGACCUACAUGAAAUCUGGGCAUCUAGCUCUUUGAAUGCAGCUAUUGCGGUUUAUGAGUCAGUUCAAGACGUCGAUCUGUUCACUGGUCUCCUAUCGGAACGUCCGGAAGCUGGGAGUAAAGUGGGUCCAACGCUGGGUUGCAUUAUUGUCGACCAAUUCUCCAGGUUAAGAAAAGGUGACAUGUUUUGGUAUGAAGGGGACAUCAGACCGCACCAUUUUACACCAGAACAACUGACUGUCAUAAGGAAAACAAAGCUUUCAAAGAUAAUUUGUCAAAAUUCUGACAAAAUUCGUCAAUUGCAAGGUCACAUUCUGCUGUUGCCGAAUGAUCGUGGAAAUCCUGUGGUGCGCUGUGCUGAAAUUUCGAAAAUGAAAUUGAAUGCGUGGAAGGAGCACCAGCAAACAAAUAAUAGCGACCAUCAAAGUUCACACAGUGAGGAGGAAGAAGAAGUUUGGUCUUCCUCUUAUGAGGAACCUGAUGAAGAAAAUUAUCAGUGACAUUGUCAUUUUGCAUAAUCUGCAGUGCAUAUACACGUUUAAUGGGGGGCAUAAGACGAAACAAUCCAAUCUAAUUGAAGACAAUAUUGUGCAUUAAAUAUUAAUGGUUGUAUUUAAAUUACAAUUUUAUAGCUCAUGUUCCAAUUUUCUCAUCGAUUGGAACUAAUUCAACCUUAAAUGUUUAUUAUUAUAUUAUUAUUAGACUUAAUAUAGAUGUUGUGGUAGGAAUGACGUAAUCUCAUACUAAAUAUAUGUAUGCGGAUCGUGAAUAAUACUUUAUUUUUUGCUCAUAUUAAAUGUUACUAUAUAGGUUGAUGAUCCUGUGUAACGAUUUGCAUUGCAGAGGAAACGAAUGUCAAUAUUGUUCCACUGCAUGCAGCAAAAUCCCAAAUUCGGAUAUUUUUCGGUUUUUCGGAAGAAGGCCGAGAAACCCGGGAACCGGGCCAAUAUUUUUUUUUACACUGUAAUUGUGACUGUCCUGUUAUUCAUUCCUGAUACUUUGAAACAGUUGUAGCCUUUAACAUUUUGUCUCUAAUAGAAUUUUGCAGACGGCGUGAGUUAAUCAGUAUAAGUUUUAGUUUGUUCAGAAAUCUCAAAAUUCUCAAGCCACGAUCUUCCUGAGAAAACGAAACCACUGUCUGCCUACAUAAACGACACGUAAGUUACAUAGUUGUAUCGUAUUAAAAUUAAAACAUGGCACAUAUUUAAUAUGUAUGUAUAUGUAACAUGCAAUGUAGUUGCCAUUUGUCGUACAUUAAAAUUGAACAAUGAUUGA